AUGUUGGAACAAGUGAGACGACGACUGAUGAUGACAGAGAAAAAGGACAUAAGACGGCCUUGCGCUUGGUUUUCCCUUCCUGCUCCACUCCCGGUUUUCCUCCCUCCAGGCCCCAGCAAGUUGAAAGAGAGAUGCAGACUGGAUAAGUUUAUCAAAGAAAAGCAAGGAAAAGAAAGGAAAAACGAGACAAGAAAACAGAAGGAGAAGAAGAAGAAGAAAGACGAAAAAAGACAAAGCAGAAUGAAUACAGUUGAAGAAACGAAGAUGAGAAGAGAUAAGAAUGUCAUCAUCAUCCCCUCGUCAGAGUCAGUCAAGUAG